UUUAGUUUUUUGCCUUGAAUCCGUUACGUUACGUAGCAGUUUGAGCUAUCUGACGGUUGAAGAACGUUGAUCUCCUUAUUUUUCAACCAUGGGGGACAUCGAGGCUCCCAACUCGAGUCUGCCGCGCCAGAAUGUCCUACUGUCUCUUCUUCCGAGCAAAGAGUUCGCCUGCUCAAGGAAAGGAAUGCUGCUUAUUGCUGAAGUGGUGCUGUCCUUCGUGUCGUUUGUUUGUUUCGCGGCCUCCACAGCAGCAACCUUUGUGACAGUUCCCCUGCUGGAGUUCCUGGCUGCUCUCUUCUUGUUGUUCGCUUACUCAACCAAAUUCAAUGAGAGGUUCAAAGGCUUCCUCUGGCCUCUUAUGGAUUUCUUGAGAUGUGUGACUGCCUCCAUUAUCUUCUUCAUCAUUUCCAUAAUAGCAGUAUCCAAAUAUGUGGACGGUUCCUCUAAGGCCGCCGGGAUAUUUGGGUUUGUUGCCACAAUCGUUUUUGCUUUAGAUUUUUACCUCAUUUUCAAUGAGCUGGCCACUUUCCUAAAGCAAGGAGGAGGGGAGUCCAAUGAGGAGCCAUCAAGACAGCAAGAUGAGUUUUCAGACUCGGACUCGGACUGACCACCACCACCAUGAGAUCUUCCCCAGUUGACAUGUUUGAUCAUACAAAAUAAACCUUCGUAGGAGAAAUGGCCACUGCUGAGCUGUCAUCUGCAAAGAUCUGCAUGUGUUUCAUUAAACCAUACAGUUACAGUUUUACUGUGUACAGUAGCAAUCCCAUCAAGGUCAUAUUGAUUGUUUGUUAAAUACAUGCAUUUAUUCUUAGUUGGGGGGCUUUCUCCAUAAAAGUCUUAUACAGCCAAACAUGUAAACAGAGGGGGAACCAGACCUUCUUCUUUCCCCCCUUUAAAGUCUUCUGUUGAGUAUCCAAGGGUAGACAUUUAUUUUACACAUCAAUCAUGUCAAGACAUUCAGGAAGUCUAAUUGGAUGUGUGAAGACUGUUUGUUUGUUUUUAACAACUUUUUUACAAAAAAUACUAGAUACUAUACUUUUGUAUGCCCAAACUCAUAUCCAGUGUCUUAGAUGAUUUGGUAAAAAUAGAAAUGCCAACCUGACACUUAAAUAAUCAUAAAGCUGUGAAUUUGUUUGCUCUCGUGAUACUGAGUUCGUAGAUGCGGUUUGUACAAUCUGCAAGUGGGAGUAAAUGUCUAAAUCUGAAAUAUUGACUAAUAUUUACUUUCAGUCAUGUACUGUGACCCUCUUUACAGAUGUACUCAACUACAACACUAAAUGUUGUAGUUAGUGAUACAUGUUUAGGAGUACUAAUAAUGAAGUUUGUAAGUGGGGCUUCAUCAUCAUUUAUACAUUUACAGUAUUACUGUAAAAAACAAAAAACAUAUGUACAGUAUAUAGAAGAACAGAUUGCAGGUUGGCUGGUUACAACCUCUGUCCAAUUGUCUAAACUCUACAAGAGUGCCUUUUUUUAAAUAAAUUGAGGAUAUUGUUUACUUAUCUUCCUUUAAAAUUUGACUUUUGGGUCAACAGAGUUCCUGUGGCAUGCUGUACCGCAUGUCUCUGGGUCGUUACAUUGUUUGUCUCAAAUAUUUUAUGUUUGAGAGUCGUCAUGAAUCUAAGCAACAGAAAUUAUGAUUCAUUUUCAAAUCUGUUCAAAUAACCUAAAGUGUAAGAUACUCUCUGCUCUAACGUUUCAGUUUGUCUGCUGUAAGUGCUUUUUAAAACCUGUGUGUGUGUGUGUGUGUGUGUGUGUGUGUGUGUGUGUGUGUGUGUGUGUGUGUGUGUGUGUGUGUGUGUGAAUAACAGUGCGUUGAAGCCCCUUAAUGCAUUAUUACUUUGUUAAAAGCUCGAUAUGUGAAUCUUUUUUGUGUUGAAAAACAUAUUUGCUUAUGUUGUUUAUGCAUUUACUUUUCUUGCAUGUAUGUUUGAUUCUUCAGUUCUUCCACUGCCACUACUGAAGGAUUAAAUGCACUAGAACGCCACAUUGACUGUUUAUGUAAUAUACACUGCACUACACGAGUGUUACAACAGCACUGUGAUGGAUGAAUCAGACGCCUUCGAUUUCCAUGUGGAGAGCAAUGUUAAAAGCAAUUGGCGUAUUAAUAGUUGCAAUUAAUUAUUCACCGUUGUGUGUGGUAGAGUAUUAAUAGUGUGUUACUUAUGUGGCUUCAUUUAUUAAGAUUUUGUCUAAAUGGUGCCAAGACAGAAAUCUGCAAACGUAGUUGUUAAUGAAUUGAGACUAAAAUUAAGAUAUGUGCCCGCUGAGCGCUAUAAGAGCACACAGUGAGAACAGAACUGGCAUAUAUCUUCGCUGUCCUGCGAACUUUGUGAUAAUAUAUUUUUCAAACAAUCUGAUGGGGUUUCAAAUUGUUUAUUUAUCAUAAGAAAAAGGAGUGAUGUCAGCCACAAAGGAACAGUUAAUCCUUCAGUUUAUCUGCAAAAUUCAACAUCACCAAAUCUGGAGAUGUAUGGUUUUCACUGGACUGCUACAAAGCUCCACCAUACCCCUUUGCUGUGCAUACACAAGUUAAACAUGAUCUUGUGAUCAAAAUGAAAACAGCAUCGUUUUAUAAAUGAGGCCUCUUGCUGAACUAUUGUUGGUGAAAUAUAUAUAAUUGUUGUUUUUUUACUGUUAUGCCCUUUUGUGCAAAAAAAAUGAAUAAAAAAGUGAGCUAUUUUCAA